CACAUGCUCUACCAUUUUUGUUGCCUUUUGCGGCUGAUUUGUCACUGCCCGUUUAUAACGCAAGUUAAACCCUCCAUAUAUGAUAUAUAAACUUAAAACCUGAAGUCUGAAGAAGCCAUGAGUGCCAGCGAGGAGUUCCAGAGCUGGCUAAAUGAGCAGCUGCGAAAACUGAACACCGACGAGAACGUUUUCGGCUCGUAUAUUGUUGGCAUUCUGGAGGGCGAUGAAACCACAGAGGAGAAAACCGAGGCUCUCGAGGGAAUUCUCAGCGAAACAGGGUCCGCCAACAUCGACGAACUGGUGGCCACCAUUCUCCAAAAAUGGCUCCAAAGUCAUCCCAGCGCCGAUGAUCCACCGAAAAAGGGCCUCGACAUCGACGUAAAUGCCCAGUUGGCCAAGUUGCUGGAGCAACAGAAGCUGCUACCCACCGUUAACAAAGAGCGUGAAUACACGGAGGAGGAGCGCCGCAUCAAGCAGCAGAUCCUCGCCCAAUACUCCCAGACUGCUGUUGUGAACCAGGACGAAGACGACUCCGAGGAUGAAAGCGAUGAUGAAAGCGGGAUCCUUUCGAAAAACACCAACAAAUCCGAUGUCCAGGCCUUGGCCAAGGAAAAGCGAGAGCAGGCCCGAAUGGACAGUGCGGCCAAGAAGCAAAAGGACAAGGAUGAUCGCGAAAAGCAAAAGCAGUUGCGAGAGGAAAAGAAGGAGAAGCGCAAAACCGUCAAAGGCGAGAGGCGUCGAUAGCUGUGCCCAAGUUCAAAAUUAUUAGUUUCUGUCUAAAAAACCGAUUUAUAAAAGUUUGUAAAGCACAUUUCGCUUGUAUGCGAAUAUAUACAAUAUGCGAAUAUAUACAAUAUUUGCAUUGAAGCGAAAUAAAAUUGAAAAACUGUCAA